GUCGGCGGGGGCGCGGAGGGGGCCCGGCAGCACCGUGCCGCGCAGAUGGCGGCGAAAAGUGCAGGUUUCAGUGAGGGUGGUGUGGCUCGUGUCAGACUCCUUGACCCUGUGGAGGUGCUUUGGAGACUUGGCACCAAAGUGGUGUCUGCAGUCAGUGAGUGUGCCCGUAACACGAGAUACAGAGGGAAAAUCCUUCAUUCACCUUUACAAAGCUCCAGAAGGUGGAGAGAGGGCCAAUGGAGACAUGUAAUGAAUGUCGAUAACUACAUUUAAUUUCUUUGGCAAGUGUUUGUUUCUAAUUUUAAUGACCAAGUCUAGUACCUACCUAUUGAAAUCCUGGCUGCCAUCAGAACGUCUCUGAAAAACAGUCCAACCACCCCCUUCAGACAUGUCACAGAAGGCCAGGAAUUCAUUAGGACUCUGGUAACAAAGAAGUCAGCCAUAAUAACAAAAGAGUCUUCGAGGAUGCUGAGUAUGUAAAUAAAUAUAUAGAUAAAAUUCAAAGUCAGACUUACGAAAGCUUUUAAUUUUACUUCAAUGGUGCUUUAUUAUGUGAUGCUUUCUUAUAUGUCGUAUUUUCUUCCAGAAGCAAAAAUUAUAUUCAGUUUAUAAUUAUAUUCAAACCAAUGUAUUGAAUAUCUUAGAAGUUUAGACUCGUGAGCACAGGACAACUAGAACCCCCCAAAUCCUUUGGGGCUAUCUGGUCAAAAAAAAUUAUCUUAAAAUCUAUCCAAAAAACCAACAGAGUAGGUCAUGUAUACACCUCCUGUGUAAUAUAAUUCCAUCAUGAUAUUUCAUUUCAAAUAAAUAGAAAUUAAAAUGUGGAUUUUCUAGGCCACUUUAAAGGUAUAGCUGUUUGUAGCAAGUACAGCCUUCUGCAUUAUCAUAGAUGUUAAGUUAUCUAUGCAACUUCCAUCUUGGUAACACAAGGAAGGUAACAACAGCUGACAUGAUAGAGAUGUGAGCGUACACUGUGUGUGAGUACAGUAUCUUUUCUGAGACAAUGAUUGCCUCUAAACUGAUAAUGCUAAAUAGUAAAUUGCAAGGAAUGAAAUCUUCUGAAAAUGACCAUAAAGCUGAUUAAACAACCAGGAAACUACCAGAUUACUUCUGAGAAAAAUGAGUCAGCUUGAAGUAUGCAAAUGUGUAUAGAUGAGGGUAAGAGACCUAGAUAACUGACCAGUUAAACCAGAUUUCGCACUUCUAAUAGUUGCUCUGCCAAGAUCAAAACUUACCUCCAAACCUAAUCCUUCCCAGUGAACACCACACAAAGCCUACCUGCAGGCUACUGAAUUGACAAUAUGGGGUACAAUAAGCAGGAUCUUAGACUUCAGAUGUUUGUAUGUGUACUUCUAGGAUGUUUUCUCACUGAAACAUGGAUUAGCAGACUUCAGGCAGCAGAUGGUACACAAACUAUUGCACUCAGAUUUCCAUCUCCAGGAGGUGUGUGUGAACUGGGGAACCUGCACUUCCAGAGGAGGUAUGAAUUACCCACCUCUGCAAGAGCAAGUGUGUGCCUGCAACCCUAAGAAUGUGUAAAUGUGAACUGAGAUUGACCAACAGUUCUAAAUCCUGUGUGUUAGUACUUCUUGUUAUGAGUUAAGGGAUGUUUAAAAAUUGUUAGAUUUAAAAAUCUGUAAUAGAUUACUAACAUUCUGUAAAUGCCUGUUAUUGUUAUUGUCUUUUUUCUGUUGCAUUGCUGAUAAUGAUUCUAAAUUAUGAUUGUUUUUUUUAAUUAUGCACUAUUAAUAAAUUAUUAAACCUCUUCAAUCCUUAUUUCAUUUAUAUCGUGAGAUUAACAGAUUUUCCCCAGGACAGCAGGCCUAGGUAAGAGAUGAACACUGUGCUUGAAACAAACAAUUUUCUGUGAGUUGUAAGACAAUACGUGAAUGGGCCUGAUUGUGCUAAAGCUUCUGGGUAUCACUACAGUGAACGGAAAUGAAUAGCUUUAUUUCUAACCUGAAUACUGUCUUUUUCCUCCCAAGUCAAUGACACUGUUUUCAUCUCCUCUGUCUCUGUACUGUAUCUCUUUCUUCUCUAAAAGCUGUAUAAUUUUUAACUGCUGCUGUUUCACACGAUGUUCCAGAAGUCUCACCUGGGCCUGAAGUUGUAUCUGCUCUUGAAAACAGUUCUGUAGAUCCUAGAGAGGAAAACAUCUUAUUAUAAAACAUUUUUUUUGUCAAGUUUAACAUCUGAAAAAGAAAAUAAAAUCUAAUAUGAAUAAAGUAUUUUUCCACAAUUCCCUACAGACCCUAUGUUGACUUUCACCCCAACUUUUACCUCUAUUUGAACUGAUUUGGUAUUCUAGAGUGUUCAGCCAUAGAGAACUUCUCUUUAGUGGUUCUGCUACCAGUUCUCACUGGAAACAUGCAGAUGGGACUCAGUAUGCUACAGACCUGAGCCUAUUGUAAUGAUCACUUACUCUCUAUCAAAUCAUCAUCUACAGAUACUUACUAUCCAGAAAGGAAUGCUGCUAACAUUGUUAAGAUUCUAAAAUUCCCAGUUUAAAACAAAUUCACAUUUAUACUUUUUCAACUUUAUUGUUCAUUUUUAAAUGCUUUUAGGUUAUACCCUUCUUACAAUAAGAAUCUUAAGAUCGCUGACAUAAAUACUGUAAAAUUUAGAGCUCUUUUGGCUUGCUAAAAUAAAUAGCCCCUAAGAAACUGCAAAUAUAUGCAUGAAAAAUAACAGCUUAAAGUUUAAGGUCAGUAUUGUGCUGUGACUUGUACACCUAAUUUUGCCAUGCAAGAGUAGGGAAGAUGUUGCAACUCUGAUAUGGUGGUACCUUCUAAUCACAUGAGCUAAGGAUGUAGGCCCAUAACAACUGCCAUCCCUAUGGAAGAGCUGAUAUGUUAGAACACUGCCCUAUCACGCUUAAGGAACAGGUAAAUCUGAAGUAGCAUACUUAUAUCCACUGGCAUCAGUAUAUUUCCAUUUGCAUCAUGCUCAGGCUUCAUUUGUUUUCUACAAACACUAUCACCAAUAUGUUUCGUAGAACCAUAGAAUGGCCUGCGUUGAAAAGAACCACAAUGGUCGCCAAGUUUCAGCCCCCCUGCUAUGUUCUUGGUCACCAACCACUAGGCCGGGCUGCCCAGAGCCACAUCCACUUUCUUGCUGCUGUGAUUUUUUUUCCUUCUGUCUGAAAAUCUGAUACAAUUCUGCACAUUUCUGUGCAGUGGAAACACAGUUCUGGUUGGAUAUUUCCCUGCAGUACCAUUAGUAAUUCUCUACAACUCCAAGAAUAGAGUGUGAAUUAGCUAACAGUAUUGAUAAGAAACUGCAUUUUAUUUUGAAUUCAUGUGGAAUUUUCUCAUAAUUUAUUUGUGGCACUAGUUAAAAAUCAGGGGAACUUCUAUUACUGUCAUGAAACAUACACAUAAACUGCCAUUAUUAUGAUGUUAUUUCUGAUAUAAAUGUGUUGCUUAUGUCUAAGAUAAUUUGGGUGUUGUUUUUUGGUUUUUUUUUUUUUUUUGAAUACUAGGAUGCAGUUCACUUUCAAUUUACAAAAUUAACUUGAAAAAUUUCAAUAAAAUAUUCGAAGAUAAAAGAAUGUACGUCCAUUGUUUUACUAAAACGGUUCAAAGCCAUCAUGUUCCAUUUGACUGUAAUACUCAGUCUUGUAGAAAAAGUGUGUUGCUCAUGCAUGCUGACUCUACAGAAUGAUCCUGAGUAUAGGCCUCUGCUGUAAGUAUUGCUGAAUAUUAUCACAUGCUUGCUAAACUGCAAACUAAUAUAUAUGGUAGAAUAAAAGACCAGGGUAUAUACAGAUGGCAGGACAAGGCAGUUUGGCUACCUCUCUGCAGCUGAGCUGCCCAUACUAACCAGCUUUGACAGCAAAUUUGCCUGCAGGCUCCAACUGCUUGCUACUGCAUCCUGAGAAGCCAUUAAAAUGCUUAACCACAAGGAGGAGUUGUAAAGUGAGAGACACAAUAUACUAAGUGACAAAGUUUUUGGAAGGAAUUUAAAAAAAAUAAUCUAGUGACCUAAAAUCCCAAGAGCCCCAUCUUAUUUAAGAUUACUCCCUUAAAAAUCUUUUAGAAUCUACCUUCAGUGUGACACUACGUCAUGUACCACUAUAAAAUGCCUGUAACAGGCUAUAACUUGCUGCUAUUCCUUCUGCUAGAUAUGGAUUUAAUUAAAACUGUUACAGCAGUGAAAUAUUUUAUAAGUGUGAAUGUGAAUGUGAUUGUGAUGGUCUCCAGGAGACAGCAGAGCCCACUGUCUGAAAACAAACUGAAGAUAAAUUGUUCUGUUUCAGUGAAGCAACUGUUCGCACUACAUGUUGAGAAGCAAUUACCUAACAGUUGCUGACAGCUCUGCUUGGGGACAUGCAGUCCCAUACUUUAACUACUAAUGUGUAUUCAUAAUCUUCAUUUUAUGUCAUGGUUGCGUGAAAUACUUAGCAGCUAGAGUCCUCUCAUUAAAACUGAUAGUAUGAGAUGGAAUAACUUAUAAAAACUAUGAAAACACAAGAACUUCACUUGAAGUGUUUUUGUCCUCUAUUUUUAGACUCUAAACGAGCUUAAAAAAUCUCUUAAUGAUAUUGGACCGUGAAUUUUUAGAGAUGAAUUUUGGAAUGUUCCCAAUUCUUAAUUACUGUCAAUGACUGCCUAUAACAUUCUGACUGAAAAAUCAAAAUAAAGCAAGUGUACUUCAUAGUAAUGCCUCUUUCUCAAUAAUCUUCUAUAAAACACAGCAAGUUUCUUCAGUUGGUAAGUGAAGAUGAUUACAGAGGCAGAUGCUUCCUAUUCUGUCCCUGCAGAGCCAGUUAGGCAAACAAAAAGCUUCCAUAAGACAGGGUAAAUGGAGCGCUAUAAAGUGAUAGAAAACACAACAAUAAUAAUAGAAUAACAAAAUCCUAGGCUGCAACAAGUUAGGAUAAGCAUAAUAUAGCAAUCAUAGACAGACAGCUUACCUCAGAAGACCUCAGGAAGACAAAGAUUACUAACAAGAUACCCUUGCCUCCACUGCCAGCCCUUAAAUGAGGUCUGGGAAGGGGUUGAUCCUUGCUCCCCUGGGUUGGCCCUGCCUUCCUACCAGGAGUUCUAUCACUCUUUCAAGCUGUGACUUUAUAUUUCUGCUACAACAUGUCACAAACAUUUACACUCACCCAGUUCUAAGUUCAGCAAUCACUUUCAUGGGUAAUUUUGUAUCAACAAUCCCCACAUUCUCUGACAGUUAGGAUCUGAAUAUCAAAGUAGGUAGGACACCCAAUAUAUUAGUCACCCAGGAUUAGUGACUGUUACAGAAAUGCUGUCUUGGCCUGAAGCAGUGAUUGAGCACCUGGUGGGAAGGCAGGGCCAAACCAGGGGAGCUCAGGUGCAUACAAUGUGCCUGAGUGGAGCCAGGUUCCACCCCUUCCCAGACCUCAUUUAGGGGUGGGUGGGGGAUAAGGGAAUCUUGCUGGAGAUUGCUACGUAUCUGAGGCCUUCUGAUGCUAUUUCUUUUAGAUCCUUUUUUUGGUGCUUGUCAUGGCAACAGGAGGCGGUCCAUUUGAAGAAGGCAUGAAUGAUCAAGACUUGCCUAGCUGGAGUAAUGAGAGUCUUGAUGACCGGCUGAACAACACGGACUGGGGAUGUCAACAGAAAAAAGCAAACAGAUCAUCAGAAAAAAACAAGAAAAAGCUUGGUGGAGAAGCUGAAACGAGGCUUACUAAUGAUAUAUCUCCAGAAUCUUCACCUGGAAUGGGACGACGGAAGACCAGAACUCCUCACAGUUUUCCUCAUGCUCGAUACAUGACCCAGAUGUCUGUUCCAGAGCAGGCUGAAUUAGAAAGACUUAAACAAAGAAUAAACUUCAGUGAUCUGGAUCAGAGAAGCAUUGGAAGUGAUUCUCAAGGCAGGGCGACUGCUGCUAACAACAAACGUCAACUUAAUGAAAGCAAAAAACCAUUCAACUUCUUGUCACUGCAGAUAAACACUAACAAAAGCAAAGAUCCUGUGUCAGGUUCCCAAAAAAAGGAAAGUGGGGAGCCACUGCAAUGUAAAGAGCUGUUCGGAGCUGCUCUAAACAAAGAUUUCUUGCAAAAUGGUCAACUCUCUAUUCAAGAAGAUGGUAGAGGAGAACCAACUAUGGAUAGCAGCCAGAUUGUCAGCAGACUAGUUCAAAUUCGCGACUAUAUUGCUAAGGCCAGCUACAUGCGGGAUGAUCUUGUAGAGAAAAAUGAAAGAUCGGCCAAUGUUGAGCGUUUAUCACACCUUAUAGAUCACCUUAAAGAGCAGGAGAAAUCCUAUCUGAAAUUUUUGCAAAAGAUGCUUGCUAGAGAAAAUGAGGAUGAUGGUGUUUGGACUAUAGAUUCAGCUGUGGGAUCUGGUUCUAUAGGUGAGAGCACAUUGCUAAACACUGAUAUGCAAGCUGAGGCUUCAGAUACCAUGGCCAGAGAUCCUCAACAGGAAGCUAAAGAGGAGUUGGAGAACUUGAAGAAGCAGCACGAUUUACUGAAAAGGAUGCUACAACAACAGGAACAGUUGAAGGCUCUUCAGGGAAGACAAGCAGCUCUUCUUGCUCUGCAGCAUAAAGCAGAGCAAGCUGUUGCUGUUGUGGAUGAUUCCGUUGUAACAGAGACAACAGGUAGUGUUUCUGGAGUAAGCCUUACAUCAGAAUUGAAUGAAGAAUUAAUUGACUUAAUUCAGCGCUUUCAUAACCAGCUUCAUGAUUCUCAGACUCAGUCUGUACCAGACAAUAGAAGGCAAGCAGAAAGUCUUUCACUUACCAGAGAGAUUUCACAAAGCCGAAACUCUUCAGUGUCAGAACACCAGUCAGAUGAAAAGGCACAGCUUUUCAACAAGAUGAGAAUGUUGCAGGGGAAAAAGCAAAAAAUGGAUAAACUGUUAGGAGAACUUCAUACGCUUCGUGACCAACAUCUAAAUAAUUCCUCCUUUUUUCCAGCUUCGAGUUCUCCUCAAAGAAGUAUUGACCAAAGAAGUACAACUUCAGCUGCUUCUGCUCCUGUGGGUGUAGUAACUGUUAUCAAUGGUGAAUCAAAUAGUCUGGCAUCUGCUCCCUAUCCUCCCGAUUCCCUGGCUUCUCAGAAUGAGAGUGAAGAGGAUGACAAUCUAAAUCCAACGGAAAAACUUCAGAAGCUAAAUGAGGUUCGUAAGAGACUGAAUGAGUUACGUGAGCUAGUUCACUACUAUGAGCAAACAUCUGAUAUGAUGACAGAUGCUGUGAAUGAGAACACCAAGGAAGAGGAAGAAACGGAAGACUCGGGAAGUGAUUCUGAACAUGGGGAUCCACAGCCUGUUACAAAUAUUAGAAACCCUCAAGGAAUCAGUAGUUGGAGUGAAAUAAAUAGCAACUCAAAUGUACAGUGUGGAACUAAUAACAGAGAUGGAAGACAUCUUAAUACAGACUGUGAAAUAAAUAAUCGAUCUGCUGCUAAUAUAAGGACUCUAAAAAUGUCUUCUACUCUAGACUGUCAUAACAGGGAGGAUGACAAACAUGCUGACCUACCCCACGGUGAGGAUGAUGAAGUGGAAGAAGAUAGAGCUAGUGAAGAUUCCAUGUCUAGUCACAGAAGCAGCCUGGGUGAUGUUGCAGGAGAUGCUGAGUUUGAGCAGAAGAUUAAUAGGCUUAUGGCUGCAAAGCAGAAACUUCGACAGUUACAAAACCUUGCUGCUAUGGUGCAGGAUGAUGAUCCAGAACCUCAAGUACUGACUGCAAAUGCAUCUAACAUGGGUGACUUUUUGGGUGAGAUGGAAGAGACAAAGCAACAACCAAACAAUGUUCGAGUUAGUACCAAUAAGUUGCAAAAAGAUGCAGGACUGAAUGAAAAAGCAAGAGAGAAGUUUUAUGAAGCUAAACUGCAGCAGCAGCAGCGGGAACUUAAGCAGUUACAAGAAGAAAGAAGAAAAUUGAUGGAAAUUCAAGAAAAAAUUGAAGUGUUACAGAAAGCUUGUCCUGACCUUCAAUCUGCUGGCCUGGGUAACAGCCCAGCAAAUAGACAGACUUCACCAGCAACCUCAACUCCAGCCAUGAAUGAGUGUAACACAGCUGGCAAGCCUUUACUUGAAUUUGGUGAAUCUGUACCAGUAGGCAAUGAGUUAUGGUCUGAGAUGAGAAGACAUGAAAUUCUAAGAGAAGAAUUGCGACGGAGAAGAAAACAACUUGAAGCUUUAAUGGCUGAACAUCAGAGGAGGAGAGAACUUGCAGAAACAAUAUCUACUGUUGCUGCAUCUGUUAAAAGUGAGGGGUCAGAAGCUCAGCGUACUCCCCAGCAGAGUAGGACAGAGAAGACAAUGGCUACCUGGGGAGGUUCUACCCAGUGUGCAUUAGAUGAAGAGGAUGGAGAUGAAGAUGGUUAUCUCUCUGAUGGACUUGACCAGGCAGAAGAAGAGGAAGAUGCGCCAAGUAUGAAUGACAGCUUUUCUGCUUAUCCCAAUAACCAAAUACCAGAAAGUGUGUAUUAUCUUAAAGGAAAUAAGGAUAGGUGGAAAAAUUGCCGUCCUCUUUCGGCAGAUGGGAAUUAUCGACCAAUGUCUAAAACAAGGCAGCAGCAAAACAUCAGUAUGAGACGCCAGGAAAACUUUCGGUGGAUAUCUGAGCUUUCUUAUGUGGAGGAAAAAGAACAAUGGCAAGAACAGAUCAAUCAGUUAAAGAAACAACUUGAAUUUAGUGUUAGCAUUUGCCAGACUUUAAUGCAAGAUCAGCAGACCCUCUCCUGUUUUCUACAGACUUUGCUUGCAGGCCCAUAUAAUGUGGUGCCCAAUAACGUUGCAUCUUCACAAGUACAUCUUAUUAUGCAUCAGUUAAACCAGUGUUAUACUCAACUGUCUUGGCAGCAGAAUAAUGUCCAAAGAUUGAAACAAAUGUUAAAUGAUCUAAUGCACCAGCAAGAACAGCAGUGUCAAGAGAAGCCGUCAAGAAAAGAGAGAGGCAGUAGUGCACCACCACCUCCAUCUCCUGUUUUCUGUCCGUUCAGCUUUCCUCCACAGCCUGUGAACCUGUUUAAUAUACCGGGAUUUACUAAUAUUUCUUCAUUUGCUCCAGGUAUAAACUACAAUCCAGUGUUUCCUUGUGGCUUUGGAGAUUUUGCACACAGUGGUUUCCCACAAAGCAGUGAGCAGCAGCAACAUCCUCUAGAUCAUAAUGCUUCUGGAAAAACUGAGUAUAUGGCAUUUCCCAAACCUUUUGAAAGCAGUUCCUCUACUGGAGCAGAAAACCAAAGAAGUCAUAGGCAACCUGAAGAUGAAGUGGAAAAAAGAUCAACUUGGCUUAAUGAUAGCCAGGAAGUGAAAAAAGAUGAUCAAUCUCAACAGAAAGCAGGCUUUCCAGUUUCAGUACAGAGCAUUGCUUCGGGUCAUAAAAAUCAGUCUGAUACGAGCAGGAGAAGAAACUUUGAUGAAGAGUCUCUGGAAAGUUUUAGUAGCAUGCCUGAUCCAGUUGACCCAACUACUGUGACAAAGACAUUUAAAUCUAGAAAAGCUUCAGCUCAGGCAAGCUUAGCAUCAAAAGAUAAAACACCCAAAUCGAAGAAUAAGAGGAAGAAUUCUUCUCAGCUCAAAGGCAGAAUUAAGAAUACUGGUUAUGACAGUGCGAGUGCUUCUAGUGUGUGUGAACCCUGCAAAAGCACUAAAAGUAAACACUCUGAGGAAGUUGUUCACGCCAAGGUGUUCAGCAAGAAGAAUCGGGAACAACUGGAAAAAAUAAUUAAAUACAGUAGAUCUACUGAAAUGUCUUCAGCACAUGCUAGGAGAAUUCUGCAGCAGUCUAACAGAAAUGCAUGCAUUGAAGCACCAGAAACUGGUAGUGAUCUUUCUAUGUUUGAAGCUUUGCGGGACACAAUUUAUUCUGAAGUCGCAACUCUUAUUUCUCAAAAUGAGUCUCGGCCCCACUUUCUUAUUGAACUUUUCCAUGAGCUGCAGCUGUUAAACACAGAUUACCUAAGACAAAGGGCCCUAUAUGCUUUACAGGAUAUAGUGACCAGACAUUUAUCUGAGAACAACGAGAAGGGGAGAUGUAUAAAAUCACUAAAUACCGCAACAUGGAUAGCAUCAAACUCUGAACUCACUCCCAGUGAAAGUCUUGCUUCUACAGAUGAUGAAACUUUUGACAAGAACUUCCCUACAGAAGCAUGUCAGGACUGCGAACAAAAUGAUGCGGACAACAGGAGUACUAUGUCUACAUCUUCACAUUUUGAACCCUUUGCCACUGAUGACCUUGGCAACACAGUGAUUCACUUAGAUCAAGCUUUGGCUAGGAUGAGGGAAUAUGAGCGUAUGAAAAUUGAAGCUGAAAGUACCCUUGACUCUGAGGGCUGCUCUAGUAAUUUGCAGGGUGCUACUGCUGCUAAAUUAGAAGGUCCCAGCACGAGUGAAUGUCUUUCUGUGCCACAGUCAAGUGAAGUUUCUGCUGUCCCAUGUCCUCGCAUAGACACUCAGCAGCUUGACCGGCAGAUUAAAGCAAUUAUGAAAGAGGUCAUUCCUUUCCUGAAGGAACACAUGGAUGAAGUAUGUUCUUCUCAAUUACUGACAUCAGUAAGACGUAUGGUCUUGACUCUUACACAACAGAAUGAUGAAAGUAAAGAAUUUGUCAAGUUCUUUCAUAAACAACUUGGAAGUAUACUUCAGGAUUCCCUGGCAAAAUUUGCUGGUAGAAAAUUAAAAGAUUGUGGGGAAGAUCUUCUUGUGGAGAUUUCUGAAGUAUUAUUUAAUGAAUUAGCCUUUUUUAAACUCAUGCAAGACUUGGACAAUAACAGUAUUUCUGUAAAGCAGAGGUGUAAACGCAAAAUAGAAACUACUGAAGAGAUACAGUCUUAUGCUAAAGAGGCAAAAAAAGGUCUCCAGGUGGAUGUUUGUUCAUCUACUGAAGAUAUCGAUGAGGACAAAGACAAGGAUGAGACUGAAACUGUCAAACCAGUACAGGGCUUAGAAACGUAUGAUGGUAAUGAAGUUCCUGAAAGUAUCAAGUCUGAUGCUUCUGACCAAGAGGAAGAUGAAGAAAGUGAAAGUGGCCCAGUGGCAAUAAGUUUAUCAAAAGCAGAAACCCAAGCUCUCACUAAUUAUGGCAGCGGAGAAGAUGAGAAUGAAGACGAAGAAAUAGAAUUUGAGGAAGGACCUGUUGAUGUGCAGACAUCAUUACAAGCGAGCAGUGAAACAGCAACUGAAAAUGAACAGAUUUCAAGCCAAGAACUGAGUAAGACAAAAGGCAGUGAUAUUUUGUCAUCUGAACAACAGUCUGUUAAUGUUAAAGGUGAACAAGAUGCAGCUACAAUUUUACCUCAUUACCUCAAUGUGGUGGAGAACACACCACCUUUACCAGUGAAUACCCCAGAAUCGUUUAUAGCAGCCAGUAUGAAAACGGAAGAAUCAAGCUCAUCUUUACCAGGAAAUGAAACACAAAUGCUAGAUACAGCAUGUGUAGUAAACAAGUCAUCUGCUGGAAGUUCAGAAAGCUCCAUGGCCGGCAGUCCUGACACAGAGUCGCCUGUGUUAGUGAAUGAAUAUGAAGCUGGUUCUGGAAAUGUAAGUCAAAAAUCUGAUGAGGAUGACUUUGUCAAAGUUGAAGACUUGCCCCUUAAACUUGCAGUCUAUUCAGAGGCAGAUUUACUGAAGAAAAUAGCAUCAGAGGCCCAAACCAACAGCUUGUCAGAUGAAUUAUUGGGUGGAGGUGGGGAGCAAGAUCGAGAAUUAGUAGGAGAUGCCCAGACUCUGAAAGAACCAGAAACUUUUGGAGCCCAAAGUGCAUGAGAAUAAUCUGAAGAUACCUGCAUAUGUAAACUCUCUGUAUACAAAUGCAUAUGGAAAAUCAGCACUAAUUUCACAAAUUCUGGAAGUGUAUAAAAAUGUAAAAUAGUUUUUGACACACUGCCUCUUAGAAUAGGUAGGCUAACUUCUGCCUGUGGCAGUUUGAACAGCUGGAACUGAAUCUUCUUUUAUUCAGUUUUGCUGCACUGUUCUUUUUCUGUCUUAAUCUUUUUUAUUGUGACUUGUUUAGUAAUUUUAAAAAUUUGUUCAAAAUUGUAGUUUUAAAUAAAGUUUGGACUUCUCUGUAAA